GAAUUAUUACUACGUUUCUCCGUUGGUUGGUGUCUUUUUCUUGGCUCUAACUCCGAUCUGGAUUAUAGUAGCAGCCAAACAUCCAGCCACCAGGACAGUGCUCUACUCGGGCUGGGAGCCUGUCAUAACAGCUAUGGUUAUAAGUAGCAUUGGAGGCCUUAUUCUGGACACAACUGUAUCUGAUCCAAACUUGGUUGGAAUUGUUGUUUACACACCAGUUAUUAAUGGGAUUGGUGGUAAUUUGGUGGCCAUUCAGGCGAGCAGGAUUUCUACGUACCUCCACUUGCAUAGCAUCCCAGGAGAACUGCCUGAUGAACGCAAAGGCUGUUACUACCCGUUUAGAACUUUCUUUGGUUCAGGAGUAAAUCAUAAGUCUGCUCAAGUUCUGCUGCUUUUAGUGAUUCCCGGACAUUUAAUUUUCCUCUACACGAUUCAUCUGAUGAAGAGUGGUCACACUUCGCUAACUGUAAUCUUCGUAGUAGUAUUUUUAUUUGCUGCUGUGUUACAGGUGACCUAACCCAUCGCAUUGUUUCUAAUAUUCCCAAGUUCAUUUCUCCAGUGCAGGCCUCUCACCCGAGUUCCGGAUGUGUAUUUCCAAAUGCUUGCUGGACAGCUCCACUUGAGUGACUACGAGGUAUCUCAGACAUUUGAACAAUGCUGUCAACCACUUGGACCUAAUUGAUACAUACAUAGACUACCAUAUCCAACAACGGCAGCAUACACAUUAAGGGCUAAUCUUAAUAGGUAAAGAACUAAUAUAAAUCAGGAAGAAAAA